AACACUUAAAAGGAUUGGUAUAUGGAUUGGGUAGAUAAGAUGAGGGUAAGAUAUAAUGUGAAAUUUCCAAUGGACCACAUAUGAAUUGAUGAGUAUCUGCAUUCAAACACGUGGGUUUUUGUCUAGUUUGAUUAUUAUUAUUGCUUCUUCUUUUGACUUGUUUAGUGAUUUCAUCACAAAUAACAAUAACAAAAAUGGAGGUGUCGGCAGAGGUAAAGAUAGUUGGUAAUAAAUCAGUUCAAGAGUUGGCAUUGAAUUCUGAAAAUCUUCCACCAAAUAAUUAUAUCUAUAAUGAAGGUGGUGUUGGAUUUCGUGAUGCUCUUCUUCCUUCAGAAUCAGAUUUUCAAGUUCCAAUCAUUGACAUUGCCAACCUCACUUUACCAUCUACAGCACAACAUGAGCUUCUUAAACUUCAAUCUGCACUUCAUUCAUGUGGCUUCUUUCUGGUGAUAAACCAUGGGAUGACAAGCUCGUUUCUUGACAAAGUGAGGGAAGUUUCAAAGCAAUUUUUUGAACUUCCAAAGGAAGAAAAGCAAAAAUAUGCAAGGGAACCAAACAAUGUUGAAGGAUAUGGUAAUGAUACAAUAUAUUCAGAAAAUCAAAGGCUUGAUUGGUGUGACAGAUUAUUUUUGAAGGUACAUCCUGAAGAUCAAAGGAAUUUCAAAUUUUGGCCCCUAAAUCCCAUUGAUUUCAGGAAUACCAUACAACAAUAUACCGAAUGUGUCUGGCAGUUAUAUGAAGAAAUUUUCAGGGCCAUGGCGAAGUUACUGAACUUGGAAGAGGAUUGUUUCCUAAAGGAAUGUGGAGAGAGGGGUACAAUGUCUAUGAGAACCAAUUACUACCCUCCAUGUCCUAUGGCUGAUCAUGCUCUGGGGCUGAAGCCACAUUCUGAUUCAUCAUCUAUAACUUUUUUGCUGCAAGAUAAUAAGGUAGAAGGCCUCCAAGUUCUCAAAGACAACCAGUGGUUUAAAGUUCCAAUAAUCCAUGAUGCUAUUGUGAUUAAUGUUGGUGAUCUAAUGGAGAUAAUGAGCAAUGGGAUUUUUCAGAGUCCAAUACACAGAGCAGUGGUAAAUGAAGAAAAGGCAAGGCUCUCAGUAGCUAUGUUAUGCCGCCCAGAUUCGGAGAAAGAGAUUCAACCGAUUGACAAACUAGUGAACGAGUCAAGGCCAUUAUCAUACAGACCAGUAAAAGAUUAUUGUACAAAAUAUCUCCAGUACUACCAACAAGGAAAAAGGCCAAUUGAUGCUUUCAAACUCUAAUCAAAUGCUUCUUGAAAGUUUCUGAGAUGGAAGAGAAUGAAAACGAAAUAAAAUGUGUGUUGUGAAUGUUCUAAGCUUUAAUCUAUGAAUUUGGUGCUUGCAAGAGGAAUGGUAUUGUACGUAUUACGCUAUCUGGUUAGGUAAUUUUUCUAUUCUUGAUACUAGACAAGUUUUUGUGAUAAACCGAUUAGGGUUUCACUUC